GCCGGCCACGAGUCUUGUGUGUCAAGUGCACGCCAAGUUCCAGCCAAGUCCCCUUCAACACCUGGCCACAGGUCUCAUGGCUGUGGUGAAUGCUUAGCUUUGGGAAGAAGGGAUGUGCUGAACAAUGCAGACAUCCUGGCGCCUGUCAUUUCUGAGAUUGGCUCAGUGUGCAAUGCGCACUCUUGGGCUUUGCGUCGUCUGGUGUCAGUCUUCGCGCGCACAGUGCGGAGGCCCCAUGUGCCGAGAGAGCCAGCCAUGCGCCAGCUGUAUUUGGCUGCAGGGGUGCCGCUGCCUGAAGGUGCCGAGAGUGGAGCAUCAGCACCUCCUGGCCAUGAAGCAGAGGGUGGCGAUGAUGAGGGUUGGGGAGCAGAGGAUGAGUGGGAUGAAGGUGAAGGAGAGGAGGAAGUAGAAAUGGAGGAUGAUCCUGUGUGCGAACCCCCGCCCAUUGCUUCGAUGGCAGAUCCUUCUCCGCCAGCUGAGAUGUGUGCUCCAGAGCCUGCAUCGGCAGCACCAUUGGCAUCGGUGGCAUCAGCUGGUUCCAAAGCCCCGCAUGCUGACCACUGGAUGACUCCCCAGUCCAACGAGAAGGAUGGAUAUGAAUGCAGGAUUUGUUCGUUGGGUGCCGUCUCCAUGGAUCUCCUAAAAGCUGUCCCAUGUGAGACAGAGAACAGAACGGAAAAGGUGAAGGAAUUGGUAGCCAAGGAAAGCAAGAAAAUAGAACUUCUUCAGAUGUUAAGGGAAGAGCAUUUGAAACUCAUAGCCCUUUCGAAUUCCCGGCUCCAUGCUGCCGCACCUCCAAGCCCUGCUGCAUCUCCACCUCCAAGCUUGCCACCAGCUCGAACUGGAGGCCUUACUGGCAGCAUCGACACCAUGGACACCCUUCCUAUGACAGAGGAAAUGGAUCCAGCCAUGAUUCAGGAGAUGAAGAAGAUGAGUUUGUCUCCACCUCCGGCCAGUGAGAAGAGACCACUGUUUCGCCGUGAUACCACUUGCGAUUUCGGCAAGACUUCUAGUGGGGUUGAGAAAGGUUCCACUGAAGCCCCCAAAGACCACAGGCUUGCGGUGAAGGAUGCUGACUCCCCCCCUUGCAAAGAGGAACCCAAGAAAAGUGAAGUAAAGGUGAAAGUUGGUGAGGAUGCAAAGCCCACUGAUUCCCACACCACCAAAGACCAAGAGGAAAAUACAAAGGAACAUGGCACCUCCGCUCCCAUUGCACCCGCUGCCCUAACUUCCGGCCAUGAGGACGGGGGUCCUAUUCCAAGUCCCGCUGAGGUGAAAGAUGUGAGGAAUCAAGGCAUUCACCCGUCAAGCAUUUUGUUUGUCAUGGGCACACCCAAAGAAAUUGAACAAGGUUUUUUCGAUCCGACAGAUACUCUCAGUUUAGGGUCGCCAUGGGAGACUGAUGGAGACAGUGACCAGGAGACCGAGAAAGAUGAACACAAGUUGGAAGGUGACAAGACAAAGAAACCCGAGAGUGAAAAGGCAGGCGGAGGUAAUGAGAAGAAUCCCCAGUCCAAAGCGGAUGACAAAGCCACUGCACCCCGAAGUGAGGAAAAGGUGACAGAGGAGGUUAAGGACAUUGAGCCCCAGAAGAAAGCACUGGUGUUGAAUACAACUGAGGAUGAGAAGACAAAGGGAGAUGAUGUCAUUGAUGCAAGCAACAACAAGGAUAAGAAGGCGGAGAUUCUUGCUUCGAGGCCAGCGGCCUUGGAUCACCUAGAGCCCAUUUCACCCAAUGAGCAGAGCGGGGGCGCUCCUGUUGCAGACCCAGAGUUGAAACCCAAGAAACGCGGCAGGAAACCCAAAACCGAUGGUGCUGAACCGGCCACCAAAAGAACCAAAAAAUCCAAAGAGGAGGACAACAAGGAGCCUCCCCGAAAGAAAUCUAAGAAGGAGGAAUGUAAGAAGGAGGAAGGUAUUGAAGGUGAUGCACAUGAAGCAGAGGCAGCACCGAAGGUGUUGGAUGCAGUUGAGCGAGCUCGAAAGGAGCUAAAGGAUGCUGUCCGUGCCCGCAAUUCCCGCAAGAGCUCAGCAUACCAUGUUGCCUACAAAAAGGCGUUGGCACAGGGUUUUGAAGUCGACAAGGCAAAGGAAAAGGCAAAGGAGGUACUUUGCUUACAAGUUGACCGUGUGAUCGGUCUCAUAUGGCGUGGAUUGGAUGCCUUGAUGGAUCUGUACGAUCGCAAUCUUCCUCGACAACAGCGCCACUUGUUCAUCUUUGAGAUGGCCUGGGCAGCCCGUGGGCAUAAGCGUGGCUACAAAGUCGCAUCCUUUGACAAGGAUUAUGCCAGCUACCGACGUGAGUUAUGUUUGAUGGUGGCGGUCUCCAUGAUCCCAAAUGCUUUGGCGCUACUGGUACACCGAGCUGACUUUUGGAUGCAGCUUCUGGGAGGCCCGGCCUAUCCAGUUGGUAUGGCACUUCGAUUGGAGGAACUCUACCGAGCUUGGAAGGAUGAACCCCGAUGUGACCUUCGAACCAAAUGCCAGUUGAACUUUGCCCUCACAGACAGGGAGAUGUUUGAGCAAUACCCUAUGGGUGACCUCUACAUGGUAGAGCAGGAGCUCAACAAGGAGAAAAGGGCAGCAGAAGCUUCCUUGGCUUCUUUGAAGCGCCAGCUUGCGUUGCUUGAUGCUCCUCAAGAUGAGAUUUCUGGGGUCAAGGUUCCAGAACCAGGUGGGCCCUUUGUUGCGGGCAAUGCAGCUACAUCCCCCAGCUGUGUCACACCGCCCAGCAAGACUUUGAGGUUGGAUUCUUCAUCCUCACUUAAAGCUCAACCGACCAAAGACUACCUGUCCACCCAACUGGAUCCAGAAGAACUUGAAGGGCAGCCUAAAAUCAAUGAGGUUUUCCAGGAUGCCCAAUCCCAACAUGAUAUGUCACCACCUCGUCUCUCGCCAGUGGCUGACAAUGGCAAAGCGCCAGAUGUGGAUUCACCUCCGGAUGGUGGACAGGCGGUUGCUACUCCCCAGGGACGGGCAGCUAUCCCUGCACCUAAGGGGUCUUUGGUGAGCAAAGGCCAUUUGAAACCCAAGUCGGCUGGUAAGCCACCGUCCAAGUUUGACAAGUACUACCACCAGAUUCGUCGCUAUGUGCAGCCACGUGAGAAUGGCCAUAUCUUGGCUAGCAAGGAAACUGUUCAGCUGUUCAAGACAGAAGAAGGGAGAACAAAAUUGAGGGAAAUUCUCAUGAAGGAAGGUUCACUUGCUGCCAUGGAUGUGACCAUCCGAAAAACUCACAGCAGAACACUUGAUGAGCUCAAAGGUGGUGGUUGGUAUACAAAGACGUGGCUUAUGCAGAACCGAGCCUGGAACAAGACAAUGUGCGACAAUGCUUGGAAGUGGGCAAAGGAGCGUGGACAGUGGAGAAUCAACCCUGUGCAUAAGGAAGAGGAGGCACGUAUAGUCAUUGACGACGAGUUCAAGUACAAUACCCAUCAAGGGCACUCAUCAGAGCAAACUGGGUCCUUUGAAAUGGAGGACCCAGAUGGAACUCUUCUUCAAGAUGACGCUGUGCCGUCCGAGCUGAACAAGCUGGUUCCCAAUUUGGAGGGCCCAGGUGAUGAAGCCCCUGUGAUGGAUUGCCAGGGCCACCAAUCUUUCAGGUUGGUCUUCCCCACCAUCCAGCAGAACAUGUCUGUGAUGUCGGUGCUUCCUACCUUUUUGGAUACCCUGGGACGUAAGAUUGAAAAUGCAGAGCGGGAGAAGGAGAAGCAGAAGGACCGCGGUUUUACCAGAGCAGAGCAGUGGUAUGCCGGCAACAUCGAGGCAUCGGUCAAGAGCAUGAACCAGCUCUAUGAUGACUUGACAAAGCUGCAGGGCGAUGCGUACACGUGCAAAGAGGGUUCUCCUGUGCUGUUGAUCCAGAACUUGGUCUCCAGCGAGGGAUUGACAACCAAGGGGGUCAUGGACUUACUGGAAUAUCUUCAGGCAGACUCAGCAAAGUCGGUUGUGCGGAUAGCCAGGGUGGCUGCACGACGCAUGCGGCGCUUGGGUGUUCGCGAUCAGGGUUUGGAGCAUGUUGGGCGUUGUGGUUCCUCGAAGAAGUCCAAGAAUUUGGCUAGGAACUUUUAUCGGCAAGUUGUUAGGGACAAGCGUGUUGUCGCUGUGAAGAUCUCCAUGGUGAAGUUGAGACUACGCUUGCAGAAGCCCAAAGUUCGAGAAUUGGAUCUUCCAUACCCGGUAAUUACUUUGAGUUCUUGGGUCACCUACUUGCUGAAGCAUGCCCCACAGUAUGCCCUAGCCGGCUACAACUUGGAACAAAGGGACCAGUUCACGAGUGUUUUCCAUACUUUCUGGCAAAGAUACCGGUCCAUCGACCCCCUUCACCCAGUCUAUGUGAACUUUGCUCCAGCCGACUAUGGCAGGAUCAUUCCAUUUGCCCUUCACGGGGACGAGGGGAGUGGUGGCGGCUUGGUUCCUUUUCGCACCUGCACUCCUGGCUCCAAUACUUUCCGGUUCUGGGAGGACAAGGACGAGAGCAGCAAGAUGAUCUUCGACCUCAUCAAAUGGGGUGCUGACUCGGCGAAUGGGUUUUACAGAGCGUUGCAUUCACAUGGGGAUGAAGAUUACAUUGGCCGGUGCAGUCGCAUUACCCGGCGAACUCACCCAUUGCAAAUGGCAGCCCGAUCUUUUGGCCCUGACCAGCGGUGUGCAAAGUUCACCACCAGCGCCAAAAGUGAUGAGCCCAACUCUUGCUGGGCUUGGUGUGUG